AUGGCCUCCGCCAACACCCUCCGAUGCCUCAUAAGGCCAACCAUUCCCCGGGCUCCUCGAAUUCAACCCGUUUUGCUCGCUCCCUUCUCGACCACGAGCUCGGUUCUGGCCGUAUCUGCUCCCCCGCCAAUUAAGAGCCGAAGAGAUCUUCCUCAGAAGGUUAAGAAGUCAUACAAGAAGCGUGCCAAUGUGGCGCCUGUCCGAAAACCUCAGCCCGGCGAGCGCAAGGCCUUCCGAAAGCGCAUUCAGCUCAGCAACAACAGUGCCCUGCCCGUCCAAGGUCUCGAAACUUUGAAUGCUACCAACAUGACCAAUGACUCGAGAAGCAAGUUGUCCGGAAAGAGUAUGGCCAUGCUCCAAGCUAUGUCUUAUGCUCUUCUUAACAACUGGGUGGUAUUCCACAUUCCCGAAGGCCAAGACUUGACCAAUGGCAACACUGAAUACUCUCCUAUUCCCGAUACUGAGCCACCACAGUUCUCUCAGCCCAUUUACUGCCUCAAGAUGAUACAGAGCCUUUACAGAGCCAACCGUGUCAUUCUUGAGAAACUCAACAUUGAGCAGGACUGGUCCAAGUUUACCAACCUGAAGAAGGGCGCCACCCUGGCCGACCUGGCCCUCAGCGCAAAGGAAGCUGAAUACGCAUGGCCAACCCUCCUGGCCCUCUGGACAGAACUCACUCUGCCUGGCCGACCCCCUGUGCUCUUCGCCCUCGACGGUCUUGCCCACAUCAACAAGAUCAGCGAUUACCGAGACGCUGCCUUCAAACAGGUUCAUGCUCAUGAGCUGACGCUGGUGCGUCUUUUCAUCGAUGCUCUGUCUGGCAAGGUUGCUCUUCCCAACGGUGGUGCCGUCAUCGCCGCCACCUCUGAGAACAACAGUCACCACCAUCCUUCACAAGAGCUUGUUCUAUCCCAGCUUGAGGCUGGACAAGCUGGCCGUGAGGUUCCCAAGCCCAAUCCUUAUGAGCGCAAGUAUGACGAGCGUGUGUACGACGCCCUUAAGAACAGCUGGGUUCUCCGCCUUGAGGGUGUAAGCAAGGAUGAGGCUCGCUCUUUGAUGGAGUAUUGGGGCGCGAGCGGACUCUUCCGCCAUGUGCUGAACUCACGGACAGUCUCUGAAAAGUGGACAGUGGGAGGCCAUGGCAAUGUUGGUGAGAUGGAGCGUGCGUCAUUGAUGCAAAUGAGACUGUAA